AUGGGGGACGCGUUCCUGGCGCUGGUGGUGCCGCUCACGCUCACCGCCGUCGUUCUUGGCGUGCUCGCCAUCUACUUCGCUGUUCGAAUAUGCCUCCGUUACCACUCCAAAACCUUCAAAUACACUGGCAAGUGUUUUCUCCACAAGUUUCCCAAUCUUUCUCGAUUUUUUCUUGAGCCCUCUAUUUUUCGACUUUUGAGAGAAGGUCGCUGAAAAAAUAAACGGUGAAAACUUGAGAAACAUUAUAUAAUUGACAUAUUUUUCAAGAAAAACCACUUCAAAAAACUAUUUUCUGCUCUAUACAAAAUAUCGUUGUAGGACUCAUUCUCAAAAAAAGAAAGUUGUGGGUUCUGAUUUUUUUCAAGGUGUUUCAUUAGUACAUAGUCAUACAGUACCGCUCAAAAGUGUAUUAGGUUUUGGUUUUUUGAGGAUAUCUCAGCGAGUACUUAUCCGAUUUAUAUAUGACUUUCAGGGAUAAUGUAAAAUAUACUUUGAAACAUAUACGUUUUACAAAGACAUGUCCGCAAUCACUGUGACGCGUUUUAGGCAUUUUUUAUUGAAUUCAAUUUUUUUUGUUUUUUAUGCUUUUAUUUUUAUUUGUUUUUAUUAAAUUUUUUAAAAGGAAUAAUGUUGCCAUAUAUUUUUUUUCAUGUUUUCAGACAUGGGAAGAACCUCUGGAAAAAAGGAUUUGACUGAUAACUACAAAUUACGAUCAGUGAAACGUGAUCUUCCAGUGCGUUGGCUCUUAGUAGAGCCAUCUUGAGCUUUCCAAUGCUUUAGAAACUGAGAAAUGCACGCCUCUGUCACGCCGAACAUUCCUGCCAACGUCAUCAUGGUCAGUCCAUUUUGACGACCCACAACGAUGGCUCUUUUGUCGUUAUCAGUCAAAUCCUUUUUUUCAGAGGUUCUUCCCAUGUUUGAAAACAUGAAAAAAAAUAUAUGGCAUUAUUAUUCCUUUUAAAAAAUUUAAUAAAAACAAAUAAAAAUAAAAGCAUAAAAAACAAAAAAAAUUGAAUUCAAUAAAAAAAUGCCUAAAACGCGUCACAGUGAUUGCGGACAUGUCUUUGUAAAACGUAUAUGUUUCAAAGUAUGUUUUACAUUAUCCCUGAAAGUUAUAUAUAAAUCGGAUAAGUACUCGCUGAGAUAUCCUCAAAAAACCAAAACUUAAUACACUUUUGAGCGGUACUGUAUGUAACAUAGAAGCGUUAGCUAAUUAAAAAAAACUUCAAAAUUUCGUGUAGAAUUACCUUUUUUUUUUACGAAUUUCUGUGAUUUGUCGUCUUUCUCGCAAAUAACGCUUCGAACACUUGAAAUAACUCAGUAGAUAGGAGGGAAGAUUCUUCAGAGGACUGUUCAUUUGGAAUCUCGAAGAAAGAAAGUGGUAUAUUUUUGCUUUGACUUUACCAACUUUCAAUCCACACUAAUUGCGAACAUGGGAUCCGCGUCCUGAAACCAUCAGCAGUCCAUUCUUUCCCUUCCGCUGAGUUUUGACUGCGGUUUUGGCUCAAACUUUGAAAUAUAUUUCUCUAAAACAUGUCCUCGUUCUUCAGACGGACCAGUGCGGCUGCAGGUUAAACUUUUCGGCAAUUUUACAUGUAAUUUUAUGUUUUCAGGGGUGCCGACCGGCGUUCCAGAAAUACGUGUGAGCGUUCCUUCGAGCGCCUCCAACAUCUCCAUCAGCAGUACGUUUUUUAUAUGCGUGAGCUUGUCUUUCAAUUCACGAAAAAUAUCUCUUUUUAAUGAAACAAUGAGGUUUUUAUAAGGCUAAAAAAUGGUUUUUUGAACCUUCCUCACCGCUUCUCAAAAUAUUUUCAAACAGAGCAUUUCCAAUGAACAUCUUCUUGCUCGCCGAGGUUUCAUUCAGUUGAGACUGUGGCAUUCAUUCUCGGGGAAUCGCGAGAAGUGAAAUGAAAAAGCUAUUGACUGAAGAAGAGUCGUUUUCGCAGAAACCCUUCUCAUUGGGUUAAUUUGCGCAGUUCCUCAUCAUUUUCCAUCUCCAGAGGCAACCCCUGCAAUCAGGGCUAAUCCGCGCACUUUGGCGUCCAUUUGCAAUCUUUCCCAAAAGAGCAACGAUCUGAAUCGCCGUAUUGUAGGAAAUUUUCGCUUUUUCUUCAUUUGCAUUCAAAAAAAGUUUUUGAAGCUUUGGAUGUAAGAAGUUUUUUAAAAUUCUCUUCACAGUUUAAUGCGUUUUUGUAAAAACCGUGGCUUGGCGAAAAAAUUUCAGACAUCAAGUCAGUUUUUCCCAACUUCAAAGGCGAGACGGGCAGAGGUGAAGAGUUGCAUACGCGUCUUUUGGCGGGGAGCUCGAGGUCAAAAACGCUCCACAAUGAUAGUUUUUUUGAAUAACUUACUUUUUCAUGGUUUUGAAAUGAUUUUUAGUUGGACAAAUAAAACUAUAAAAAACAAUUUUGAAGAGAAUAUUUGUUUUCUACAUUUUUUUCACAAUUGCGUUUGAAUUCCCCGCCAAGAGCCGCGUCGCGUACGCAACUCUAAACGUUUACCGAUCACUCGCUUUUCGAGUCUGGAAAGAUCGACUAUAUUCGUAGUUAUUUCUGUUACAUUUUUUUGCAAGCUUCCAAAGCUUCGGUUUUUUUUUCAUCUUUCUUUUCAGUGGAGGUUAAGAGUUUUAACGGAAUCAUUUCCAUGACGAUUUUAGGUGUCACAGCUCUUUUGGACAAGUUUCGAGCUGAGCCAGUCAAAAACUAGGCUCUCUCAGAAUGGGCAUGUGCUUUAAACUCGGCAGCAGUGAUACAAUCAGUGUAGGUUAUCUCUGCCUCUAGGCCGUGCUCCCCGUAAUUAGUCAAAUCACGGUCCAUCAUUACUCGUUGCGCGGCUCUUCGGUGUUUCAACGUCUCUCUCUGUGCUCUCCUUUUCUUCUUCUUAUCUUUAUUUUCUCCCUUCUUACCUCGGUGCAAUCCAUUUUCAGUUUGCACAUCCCCAUACAUUAACUCAUAUCUUGUUUUCAACUAGCGAAUGGGGUUUUCAUUAUCUUUGAGAAGGGUUUUUGAACUACAUCUUGUCAUUUUGUAUUGAAGUAUACCCUUUUGGAAGGUCUCUUUCACUAGAACACCAGAAAUUUUUGAAUUCUUUUGGCUAAGAGGGAAAACUAGUUUUUUUUUUUUCGGUGGCUGCGAAAGUUUUUUUUUUGAUAAACUCAUCUUUUGCUUUCAGAAGGUAUCAAAUUUCCUCGAAAAUAGAUGUAGGCCUGCGAAAAUUUUUUGUAAGUCCCAGUUUUUCUAUUGAAAUGUUUCGCAAUGUGUAACACUCUUACAAAAAAAAGUAAACGCUAUUAAAUUUUUAAUCAUUUUUUUAAUUUUUGCUACAACAAUUCAGAAAAUAUCAGAUCUUUUUAAGGGCGUCACUGAAGUUACGCAGAAACAAGUUUGUGCCGUCCUAUAUGAAAUAUCUUUUUUUUUUUCGAAAAUAUGUUCGUAAACCAAAGUUUUAAGUUUGGCGUUUGAAGUGUGCAAAAAACACAAUCAGAGCUUCUAUUCUCAAUUAUUUUAAUUCAAACUUUGCUCUCUAGGAAAAGUUUUACUCCUGGAAUAAAGGCUUCAAAAACGUUAAAAAGAAGAAGAAAACAAACUGACAUCUUUCUCCAGUUAGAAUAAUUUCUAGACCUGAAAAAUAUAUCAGGCAUUCUUCUCACUGCCUUUCUUUGCUCAUUUUCAGCUGAUUUUGUGAUAAUUCAACGAAUCGUGUCCAUUCUUAUUUUUCACAGUCAUCUUCCCGUUUUUUUUCUGGGAAAAAAGUCAAUUUCGUUCUCAAAAAAACAACUAAAGCGGCGAGGCAAGUUUAACACGUGUGCAAACAGUGAUUUUGUCGCGAAAACUGGGAAGCAGAGCCUAUUAUGCGGCCAAACGGACAUUUUGCAAUCACUCCACUCAAUUUGCUUUCAAAAGGUUGCGAGUCCAUUUGGAAGAUCGCUUUUUAUUCUAGUCACAGUGGUCUUUUUCGCGAUUUUUCACAAAUUCUAAUCCAAUACAAUUUUUUUCAGCUUUUUGGGGGUUCUACCCUAUUUUCGAAACCAUUUGUUCAUAUUUUUAAAAAAAAUCGACAGUUCAGGUUACAUCGCUCGGUCUCAAAGUACAUUCUACUAUCGAUGGCUUUUCAAAAAUGAGAAGCUUUAAUUUUCUCAUGUGUUUUGUUGACGACGACUCGUAGGAACUUUCUGAGAACUCUUGAUUUUUAGCUCUCUUUUUUAUCUGCUUUUUCCAUUUUCUGUUAUCAUGUCCCUACGGCAAAAAAGAGCGCAGAGAAUUAAAACUGUUUCGAGUUUCGAUAGAACGAAAAAUAUUAUUUAUUGUUGACUGUUUUUCAAAACUGGAAAAGGAGCUGAUAUAGCCACCAUCUAGCUUUUUUUUGUUAAUAAUUUGAUACAUAUCAAAUGAUACGAUUCUCUUCUCUGCGACUAAAUUCCUUCCUUUAUUCUUCCUUUUGCAGCAUUUGGUGGAUUUUUUGAUUUUUUUUUUGAUUCUUGGGUUAAGUUAACGGUUAAUCAACUAUAUCCUCAGAAGCUUCCAAGGUAGAAUGUGCAACUUUAGUCGACCUUAAAGAUGUUGCUACGGGGGUGAUCCAGACUUCCGUUUGAGGAAAUGCGAUCAUCUGAAUCUUUCACGUCUUUUCCAACAGAGGACGUAUAAACUCGAAAAUCGCCCCUAUAAAAAACUAUGAACAUCUUUAUCAGAAUAAUGACGCCGAUAUGGGGAAGUAGUUUUCAGGGGAUUUCGAAAGCUUUCAAAGAUUCCAAAUUUAUUUUUUUCUAGUUUUCUAGUCUUCCGAUGCGAUUCCGAAGGGCUUUCAAGGCUUUGAACGCAUCAAAAUAUUCAGACUGAUAUCCUGUUAAGAAAAAGAAAGACCCUUAAGUUUUUGUAUUUCACUCUGUUUUUCACAUUUUGAAUUCCAUUUUUGGCAAUUAUAAGGCUUUUUGAGAUUUUCAUGAACCAGAAUAAUAGACAUAGUUUCGUGUUUGAGAGAUAUAUGCGUUGGAAAAAGUCUAUCAAAAGAUGAUACAAAGGAUAUUCUGCACCAAAUGGGAAAAAGUGUUGAAUUAUGUUGCGAAAAGCCUCAGAGAAACGCAUAUUUGAGUUACAAAAAAAUUCACACAUAAUCCGGUUAUUUUUCAAAUUUGUAUUCUAAACUGAUUAAAAAAAUAUCAUCAUACACGCUAAUUAAAUCUCCAAACUUCGUAGACAGUAGCUUGAAAGGGUGUUUCCAUCGGAGAGAAGAGAUGUUCUUGUUCAUAUUUUUUUUAGGAUCAUGUAAUAGCUGGGCAAAUUAUUCAUUUAAUUGCAGCUGUUGUUCAAAACUUCACGUUACAGUCGGUGAAACGGAAACAUUUAAUGAGUGAACUUUCCUUUACAUAGUCACAUUUUAAUGAGAAGGAGAUAAAAUUAAGCGAUAGUCCGAAGCUGAACUUUUUCUUUCUACAUUUUUGUCCUUUAGUUAAUAAUUUUCUUUUUAAUAGGGACGAGAAUACUUUGUCGAUUUCGCUCAACUUUUUUUCUAUUGAAAAUCACCACUCGAAGCAAUUUGGGAACCGAAACUAUCCUUAUCAAUAUGUGAAAUUCAUUGGAUGAUAUAGUCCACGGUCUACUUCAUAACAUUUUGAAACGCACGAGAACGAGCAUUUUCAAAUAAAAUAUAUGUGAUUUUUUAAUUAAAAAAUUGAUAAAUGUUCAUGACCUCUGAAUGACACAUCGCAGAGUUUGCAGAGAUGAACGGCACGUACAGGGCUCGCGUGCUCAGUCGCGGCGGCUGCUCUCCGCCUUGGAUGGACCGCGGCUUCGUCGGCUCCGCACUCGGACUUUCCGCCAGAAGCACGCCUUGCACCAGUCCUGCCGCCCCUUCCACGUUCGUUUAUCUUCCGACUUUUGUAACGGACCGAAAGAUCAGCCGUCCACUGAAUCGCCGAGUUCCCACGAAUCUCGCGUCUAUUCCUUUUUUGCUCUGAGCGAGACCCUCGCUAGAAUUAAUAAGCUCUAGAUCAAGUUUCCAACACCUCUUUGCCUGCUUCAAGCGAUUCCGUUAUUUUAUGCCAUAAAGUGGUUUGAGCAUUUGUGUACGUUUUUCCUUUUCUUUUUCACUCGAAUCUUGAUUAUUUUGUUGUUAACGUGACAUUUUUCUCGCUGUUUUCUGAGGCACCUUCUCUCUUUCUUUCAGAAGUCUCCCUAAAGCGCGACUAAACGGGAAAAUGUAGUCAGGAUAUGUUACACAUGGUUUCUCUGAAAGUAGCAGAACUUUCCAACGAAAUAGAAUUUAACUGAGAGCCGUAUUAAAUUCUACAUCAGGAGAAUCCUGGCAGUUUCUCCUUAUCUUUCCGCUCGAUGGACGUCAUUCGAGUGGAUGUGAUAUCUCAGUAUUGCGUUUCAACCCUCGACUCUACUUGAUUCUUUCUUUCUCUUUCCAUAUGUCUUAUUCGAACCCGUCUAUUAAAAAUCGUCUUUUUCUCGAGAUUCUAAUUUUUAAAAAAAGUUUGACAUUUUCUGAAACCGAAACUAAAAUUCAGCAAUAGUUUCUAUAUAUUUCUAAUGAAAAGAAAAGUUUAUUCAAAAACGUUGAGAUUUUUGAAAACGGAUAUCUCGGUAACGCCAAAUGUAGUAUCUUCAAAAAAUUUUUUCCCUGAAUAUUAGGAUAUAAAACAAAAUUUCACACUUUACGGUAAAGACUUGAAGUCUUUACCAAUUAAUAUGCGAUUUCUGAUCCAAUUUUAUAUUUCAAGAAGAGUUGAAAAAACGAGAAAUGUUGGAGGGACAACCGCAACAUUACACCCACCUCUGCACUUCAACUUAUAUUUUCAGGCUUUAACUGCCUCUUUGAGUCCCAAAAAAUUUCUAACGUUUCGUAUCCUUUUUUUCUUUUAAAAUUUUUUUCUUUUUAUGUGUUUAUUUUUUUGAAUUUGUAGCAAGUUCGUGAGGCAAAGCCAUAAGAGUAGUCAGAGCGAGGCACUCAUUCUCAUUAGCCCCGAAAUAUUGAAAGCGCGGUGAACUAGGCAAAGCCGAGCUUCCGGCCAUUGUCUUUGCCUUUUUCCGCUUGAUUUUCGAGGCACUUGCAUUUCCUGUUCUUUCACUUUUGUCUUCGACAGACCGUUUCGAACGAUGCUCCACGUGUCCGCCUCGUUGCCCGUGUGAGUCUUUUUUUGUUGUUGGAACUUGGCGGAAUGCUUCGAGGUUCUUGCACUGGGAGGAAUCAUUGUGUGGAAAACAAGAGCCAGCAUGUGGCCAAAUUUUGAGUUUUACGAUGCAGUUUGCAUACUUUCUUUCUCUCUGAAACUCGUAAACCUUGAAUUUUUUCCUUUUUUUUUGAGUAGGUGUAGUUUUACUGGAGGUUCUUCAAGGUUCCAACGGAUAAAAUGGCACAGACGCUACAAACAUUUGGAGUACGCUCAUUACUAGAUCUUUUCCAUUUUGAAAUUUGGAUAAUUUUUUUAGUUUUCGGUUACUAAGAAGGCGUUUUAUUUCUUCCAGAAACAAAAAAAAACAACAUUUCAAAUUAUCUUUCUUCGAAUAAAUUGUUUGUUAAUAGUCGUUUUUAUCGUUUUUGAGCUGGUUCAGGUUUUAUAUCAACAAGAAAUUUUUUUUGAAGCUUCACACCUUUUUGUUUAAAUUUUUUUAAGAGCUCUGCUCAAACUUCUUCAUAAUUUGAAGAUAAUUUGAUAUACUUACUUGUGAAGAAAGAUUUCUCCGAAAAUGGGAAUAAAAUCAGAUAACGCACAAAACGGGCCACGAACUUCUGUCAUUUCUGUACAAAUUAGUUUUCCCAAGCCAGCGGUCAAUCGGCAAUAGAAAAAAAGGUCAAAUGAGUUAUCUGAAAAAAAGAAAGUUCAGAUCGGACAGCUGCGAGCUUCUGAGCGAUGAGCCCAAGUCGUCGUCUACACGCAACUCCAUGUUCCUGUUCAGCAUCGACGGCGAUCUCAACAACGAAGUGUGUCUUUUCUCGGAUUUUGCUCUAGUCUUUUAAAACAACAAAAGAAAGCGAUGCAGUGCGGUUGAUUCCGUAGAAAAAGAGGUGGAGAAGGAAAAGACGUGGGGCGGGAUCCGAUGCAUGAACAAGUAGUUGGGCCAUGAAUAUCCGAGAAAGUAGCAGAUGGACGACAUCGACGAGCGCUCCGUUCUCCACUAUGAGCUCGGCUUCUACGACAAGAGCGGCGGCGAAUGCUACCGCGGAACUCUGACCUUCGCUCUUCGCUACGACUUUAUCCACAGGCAAGUCUUUGCAAAUAGCCAACGAAUCUGCAGAAGAAAAGGAAACUGAAUAGAUUGAAAGGAUAAAGAGAGAAGCUGAAACACUCUGGAUCGAAGUGAAAUCGGCAAACGCCUUGUGGAAAAUUGAUUUUUCUCUUCCGCCAAAAAUUUUACAUUCAUAAAUACUCAUUUGAUCCAAAAAGCCUCAUGAAUUUUAAUUAAUCCACUUCAUCUCGAAAAAUGAAAGGCGGUGUAUGAAAAGAAAUUAUUCCGAAUACCACUUGUUUCAGUGAGAACAGGCUUGGACAAAUAUUUAAAAAAAAAUAUAUAUUUCCACAUUUAAAAAAAGUUCAAAUUUCUAGAACUUUCCAUCGGAACGUUUUUUAGACUUUCUUUCGGCAAACACAUCCUUCGGUUUUUUAGAUUGAUAUGCAAAAUCAAGAGAAAAUAGUCGAAAAUGUUUCUUAUUAUCUGUUCAUUUUUGUGAUACGAGCUUGAGAGUGUGAAAGUUACAAAACUGUCGACUAAACGUUGCUUGUUUCAUCAAGUUCAUCUUUUUUUCUUAUUUUCUGCAAAGUUAUAGGGUUCAGGUUUUCCUCUUGCUUAAUAAAAGAAGCAUUUUCCAGAAAAGGGAAUAGCAAUUACGCGAAAGCAAUGCAAUAAAUAAUGAAUAGUUUACCCUUCUUUAUUUCGAGAAAAUUUUUUAUUUAAAAUGGCGAAACUUUUUUCAACUUGAGCUUCUCGAGAAGAAAACUGAGAGUAUUCAGGGUGCUGAUGCUGCAUGUUCUGCGAGCCAACCACCUUCCCGUGGAAGAAAAAGGACGAUCCGUGGACCCGUACGUCAAGAUGUACUUGCUGCCAGAGCGGCGCAACCACUGCAAGACGCGAAUCUGCAAAAAAACACUCGAUCCAGAGUUCAACGAAAUGUUUUCCUUCGACGUUCCCUUCAACAACCUCGCCAACCGUAUGCUUCAGGUAUUUUGAAAGACCUUUUUCCUAGAAAAAAAAAAAUCCAUUUUUCACUUUGUCGAUCUGUUCUAAACUUGAGGAGAUCUGGAAUCAGGAAUUAUGUUUUUUGAAAUAUAUUAGCUUUCGCCUUUUGUUGAGUUUUGAAAAACAUAAGUUCGAUUGGUUUUUUUUAGUUGUGAUACACUUUGGAGAGGGUAGCUUGAAAGGGUUUCAAAAUUCGGCUUUCCAGUUCACUGUGUACGAUUUCGACCGUUUCACGCGGCAUGGUUUGGUGGGGAACGUGAUUAUGAGAGAUCUCUUCGAUAAGUCUGACCUCUACAACUGGACCGAGUACACUAUGCAGAUUGUCGGCAGCCAGGUAUCCCAAUUGAGGAACAGAAAUGUCAAUUACCUCAUAAUUGGAGGAGAAAAAUGACUUUGGCGAUUUGCUUCUUUAUUUGACGUACUCUAAUACUGAGCAGAAGCUUUCUAUAAUCGUGGCCAAGGCUUACAACCUUCGGCCAAUGGACAUUACUGGCGCGUCAGGUACUCGGCACUCUGACUGAAAUUCUAACAAAUUCUCAUUGAAGAUCCCUACGUUCGGAUUGAACAAGUCUACAGAGGGAAAAGGGUCAAGUUGCGAAAAUCGUCGACGAAAAGGGCGAAUCUGAAUCCAGUCUACCAUGAAACGCUCGACUUCGACAUUCCGCUGGCACAGGUCGCCGAGACUAAUAUGUUGAUCCAAGUGAUGGACUGGGACAGGUUCGUGCAUAUCAAGACCUACCAUAGAGGAGAAAAUCUCAAAAAGUUAAACUAAGAUCAGAGAAAAAACGUUACUUUGGCAUAAAUAUUAUUUUUGUGAAAAUAAUCUCAAGUUUAAAAAAAGAAACGGUUGACUUCAAUUGAGACAGAAAAUAAGUGAAGAACUCAGUCAACAGAGAAACUAAGCAAAAAAGGUAGAUGAGAUUUAUUGAACUUUUAAAACAUUUUCUUCAAAAAUUCCUGAAUAUCUUUCCAAGAUUGUUUGCCAAUAUUGGAAAAUUGCACCUGCUUAUGUAAACCACGAAGUUCAGGAUCGGCAAAGACGAUUUGCUGGGUUGCUGCAUUCUCGGCAAAGACAGUCCGACGAACGAAGGCCGCACUCAGUGGGAGAACUGUUUUCUCGUCAUCGCUCAAGCUGAGCGAGGCCAGGUUCCUUCCGCUUUCUUCUUCCAAUAAAUCGACCAAGCUGCAGAAAUCAUUUCCGAAAGUCAAAAACGUUGUUAUGGGGAAGAGACUCUUUUUAGAUUAAAGUUAUGAAAAAAAAAAAUGAAAAUUUUCAAAAAUAUUCAAAUUAGUUUUUUCAUGCUUCAGUGAAAAGUUUUUUAAAAGUUUUGUUUCUUUUUUCAAGUUUCGUUAGUUUUGAGUCUGAAAGUACUGCAGAUAAUUUUUUUAGAAUUCUCAAACAAAUAUUCUUAUCAGAAGCCGAAACCGGUGGGACAGUGGCACAGCAUUUUGCCAGAAGUGCCCGAACAAUUCCGCGACAUUCCCAAAGCCAAAAAGACGUGA